AUGGCGGUGAUCUGGGACGGGGCGGGACACUGGCCACCGGCAGCGAUGAUGCAAUGCGAUGUGGCACGGCGAGCAAAUGGGUGGAGAGAGGUGCUGGAAUUGCCUGCAUCUCAAGAUGGCUUUCGCUUGAUCUUCGACUUCAACGAAACACAUGUCUUCAUCUGCGCUGUCGGCCAAAUCCACAUUGUGGACCGUAAAACGCAACAGCCAAUGGCGUCCUUCCCUUCGCUUACCACCACGGUGCAAGACAUGUGUGCCGUCGUUUACCACUUAGACUUUGACCCUGCUCACCUCACGAUCACGACUGCCUAUCCCUCCGGGCAGUCGGAGGCCAACAGAGCCACCGCAUGGGGCGAGAAGACAAUUGUCGUCAACUUCAACAAGCGCGCAACGGAGCUGGACGUCGAUCAGACUCAUGUCGUCCUCACUGUUGCCGGGCGCCCUUCGUUCUUCGAUACGCGGUCUCUUCCCAGCCUGCCGCUUGGUCCGGAUGCGGGAUCCUCCAGCCCAAUCCCCCCGCUUUACCUGCACUUGACCUCCACCUCCGCAGCCGACUUUGUCAGCUCCUUCUCCGAUUCUUCGCCCAACCCCCAUGGGCCGAGCAUCCAACCUCGGAUCCACCGGAACUCUCUGUACUACCAUUACCACUCCAAGCAAGGGGGAUAUCUACGGGGCCCCCUGUUCAAUCCGGUGGCAGACGGACAGGAGACUGUACAGGAGUGGCGCUCUUUGUUGGGAGAAAACAGGGACCAGGUAUAG